CUAUGAUGAUGUGAAAUCUCAAUUCUUUUGAAGAGCGCAACAGAGCCCAAUUGAUGGAAUUACUGAGUUGGAAGGGAAAAAGUAAACUUUAACCCUGGAUUAACUUGUGUGGUGGAAUAUCAGUUCAAAUAUUAGAGUUCAGGCCGUGUUAUUCAACAUUUGGGUUCAUUUUGCCAGGCAUUCUCAACUCCAGUUUCAUACUUUUCUAACGGUUUGUGAACAAGGGACAAGGGACUUCUACGCACAGUUUGCGUGAUGGCGAACUCGUGUCUCCAACUGAGCGGCUUUCUCAUCAGCAGCCUCGGCUGGCUGGGCAUAGUGAUCGCGACAGCCACCAACGACUGGGUGAAUAUGUGUAAAUACGGUUUGAACACAUGCAAGAAGAUGGAUGAGCUAGGAGCCAAGGGACCUUGGGCUGACUGUGUCAUCUCCACGGGACUAUACCACUGCGUCUCCCUUACGCAGAUCCUUGACCUGCCAGCCUAUAUCCAGACGACCCGUGCCCUGAUGAUCACAGGUUCAAUCCUGGGUCUCCCAGCCGUGGGAAUGCUCCUCAUGUCCAUGCCCUGCAUCAGCCUUGGUGACGAACCCCAGAGCUCCAAGAACAAACGCACCGUCCUGGGAGGAGUGCUUUUAUUAAUAGUCGCAUUGUGUGGCAUGGUAUCUACGGUCUGGUUUCCCAUCGGGGCCCACCAGGAGCACGGUCUCAUGUCGUUUGGCUUCUCCCUCUACACUGGCUGGGUGGGCACUAUUUUCUCCCUGCUGGGUGGGUCCAUCCUCACCUGCUGCUCAUCAGAGUCCUCCUCCUCCCGCCCCUACCAGGAAAACAACCGCUUCUACUAUUCCAAACAGGGAGCAGGCAACGCGCCAGCCGCCUCCUCCACCAAUCACGCCAAGAGCGCCCACGUCUGAGCCGGGACAGAUCCUGAAUCCCACGUGGAUGUGUAGGGGGGACUGUAGCUAGUUUGUAUGUAGAGACAUAUACACCAAAGCACACAAACACACACAUUCACUUUCAGUACAAUAACAAUUACAUGCAAACUUAUACUGGAAGAGAAAGAGACGCAUUCACACAUUCAUUCAUGUUGGUUUAUGUCAGGAAGAACACGAGAAAAAUUCUUGAAUGAGCACAACACAUACAUAAAAGACAUUCACACAUCCAAACACACAAAGACUGUUUUUGUUGGAGCUCUUUUUUCGCCUGUGGAUUGUGUUUGUAUCGCAGAGCUUAUAUUCCAGCCUCCUCAUUUUGGGCGUGUUGUGGACUCAACAUACUCUUACAUAAUUGUACAAGCUCCUGAGUAACGGCCUCCACAGUUGCCUGCAUUUCUGAUCACCUGAGGCCCUGUGGACUGAAAAUUGAUCUUCUAUAUUACAUCUAUUUUUCUAUUGUGCACCUAGAGAUGAAAACUUAUGAGUGCCUUUGUUGAUAAAUAUAUUUUUUAUAUCAUAAUAUCAUGAUCUAUUGUUUUUGAUAAGAGCAGGGUAUGACAGUAAUAUGUUUGGAGUUGAAAAUAUGUUAAUUAACAUUGUUUAUGUACGUUGAUUUCUCUUAUUCUCUCUAAUUUCUCACCACAGUAUUGUAGAACCUUCUAGUGCGUUUGCCUCUUGAGUGA